UAUUGCAGAGGCUUGACGCUUCACCGUCUGACGCACGACACUGUGGAAAUAUCACUACAGACUCCUUUUUUUUUUUAAUCUCCAAUUUUCCACUCCAGCGACCUUCACCUGCACUGGGAACGCUGGGAAAAUGAGCAGUUUAAGGGCUUGUAAAGAAUCUUUAGAGGAAGGAUUGAGCUCAGAUCCAGUGGAGGACACAGACACCACCACCUUUGGAACCCAAUUGUCUUUGGAGGCCAACUACCCAGUGCAAGUUACCGACCCUCAUGCAGAUGCUGUCACUCUUCACCUGAGCUCCAUGCCUCCUGGAUACCUCAGCACCUCCGACAGAAUCAAUCAGCCACUUAAAGAGGUGGAAGAAUGUACCUGCCCAACAUCCUCUUCACCAGACCCCAGCAAAGAAGUCCAAUUCCAGCUGAACCACGCCUGUGAGAUGUGCUGCCGUCCUGCGCCCCCCCCCAAGAUCAGCGACCUCAUGAACGACAAAGACCUCCUGGACUUGUUGAGGCUCAAGCUGGACCCGCACCACUGCACCGUCAAAAACUGGAAGAACUUUGCCAGUCGGUGGGGGAUGAGCUACGACGAACUCACCCUGCUGGAGCACCGGACCCAGGGUUCCUUGUCCCACAGCCCCACCCAGGAGUUCCUCCUGCGCUACAACCAGAAACCCGUCACCGAGCUCACCGAGCUGUGCCGUAUCUACCAGCGCAUCGAUGUGCUGCGAUUGCUGCAGGGCUGGAUGGAGAGCGUUUGGCCGUCGCGCUGGCAGCAUGCUAAUUAAGCGGCACGGGCUACAUGCUAAUUAUCAUGCUACACGUCAACAACUUGAGCCUUGUUGGAAGAUACACCGGUCCCGUUCAUUGAUCACCAUUUUCUUGGCGUGUGUGUACGCUUGUAGUCCGGUACCAAAAAUACAAAUACAUUGACUCCUAGUGACUCAUCAUCUUGUAGAACCUUG